UGUAUGCAUGCAUGGAUAUACGUAGGGGCGUCUUUAUAGCAUUAUAGACCCGUGAGCAAUACAAUGCACUGGGCCCUAUAGUAUUUUUUUUUUAAUAUUAACUACAAAUCAGCCUACGUAAAUUAGAAUUGGGCCCCUGGAUCCGUGAGGCAUCCGGCAACUGACCUGUGUGCCAAUGCAGAAAGACGGCAUUGCAUGUAUGUAUCUGAAAUAUGCAUUACAAUUUCUGUAAACGCUGCAUGUGUUGUGCUAUGACAUAUGACAUUUUGUUUUUAAUAUAUAAAACAACUGCUACAAGUUUUCCAUGUGAUGUUAUGCCGGUCACGAUCUGAGGAAAUCUCCCGUUGCAUACGUCACACGAAUUGCUACGUAACAGGUGUACUUCUGCGUGGUCGCUCAGGCUGUUAGAAAUAACAGCCAAAUCUGCAUCAAACUUUUUUGGUUGUUUUUAAAAGGAAAAGGAAGGAAGGAAGGAAAUGCAGGAUAAUGUUAUUCUCGCUACGCUACAUAUGAUUAAAACUUGCCAUGGUUUUAAGGCUGGAAUUUCUUUGAUCGAAAUUCUGCUAAAUUAUGUCAAGUCUGUUUGAACUGCGGUUGACCACGACGACGACAACAACAACAACGUCUGAAUUACCAAGAUCUUACCAAGGACAAAUCAGUAACAACAACAACGACCACCACCACAAAAACAAAGUCUGUUUGCCUAAGGACUGGUUACAGGAUUGUCAACAUCAUCAGUAACAGUCUGCUUGAAACUAUCGUCUUUUCCUUUUCAACUGAGUCCAUCCAGUGCUCUUCAUCCAGCCAUGCACCCCCCCCCCAACCAUUCCUUCUAAUUCUGUUGCCAUGGUAACGGAGUAAAUAUCAGAAAGCCGUUCAGCACUUAUUCUAUUCAACACAGAACCCACAUCAAUAAUUGACAUAUUGAUCCAUUUAUCAUCAUAGGGAUCACAUUUAGGGUAUGUUUCAAGUUUUCUCUACCCCAAAUCUCACAGAUAACAAAUUGACUCAUUUUUGUCUAUUCCAUCAACGAAUACCAUGCUUUCUGAAUCGGUCAGUGGUUUUAUUCCAACUAUUACUACUACUACUACUACUGCUACUACUGCUGCUACUACUACCUCUACUGCUAUUGUUGCAAUUAUUUACAUUAUUAACACUACUAUUACAAUUAUAUCCAGCAGCUUAUUCACUAAAUCGAUCGCGGUAUGUGGUGUUUCAUUGAAAGAACUACAGCACGAUCGGUGCCUCUGCUUAAAUGAAAUCCACGCAGGUGAACUAAGGAAACCUAUAGCAUUUGUUUCAAUCGAUAGAGAAUCUUUCCUAGUAGCAGAGCAGGAUGGACGGAUCUACCAUUACAUAUACGGAAAUACAGACGCAACCAAUCAAUCUGAAGAAUUACAGCGCCAGUUACCAAGGAAGAAGAAAAUUUUGGAUUUGUCUAAUAGAGUCGCUUAUAAUAAAGAGCGACCAGUUGACGAGCGUGGUUUGAUGUCCGUGACAACCCACCCGCAGUUUAAAAGUAAUAAAGAACUUUACGUUUAUUACAUAGCCGCAGGAGAUGAAUCAGCUGUAAUUAGUCAGUUCCGUUUCUUAGACGACCAACUGGAAAAUGUGACUUCUGAAGAGAUAAUUGUAAUGAUUCCACGUCAGAGACAAAGCCAGGAAAACGGUGGACAGAUCUUAUUUGGUGCAGAUGGUCUACUUUAUGUAUCAGUAGGAUCAGGGUUUGGUCAUUGGACGCAUUUAGCUCAAAACAUGAGCACGUUUGUUGGGAAAAUACUUCGAAUCAAUGUGGACGUCCCAUCAGCUGAUCGGUUAUACAGCAUACCCAUAGAUAACCCUUUCAUCAACACAAGUGAUGCCACACCAGAGAUUUAUGCUUUGGGCAUUAAAAAUGCUUGGAGGUGUAGCGUCGACCAAGGUGAUCCACUGACCGGAACUGGCCGUGGUCGUAUCUUUUGUGGAGAUGUCGGCGAUCAAAUGUUUGAAGAAAUCAACAUUAUAUAUAAAGAAGGCAAUUAUGGAUGGAAUCUACGAGAAGGACAUCGGUGUCGACGAAAUCGUGUCUGUAACUCAGAAACAAUUAGAAAUGAAAUCUUCCCGAUAUCUACCUACAGACACAGCUAUAAUCGUAAAGUUGUUAUUGGCGGCUAUGUAUACAGAGGGCACAAAAUACCGUACUUAAAUGGAAAAUAUAUUUUUGGCGAUUUUCUCAAUAUAGAUCUGUUCCUCUUGAAUGAAAUGCCCACAGGCCACUGGUCAGAAAGCAAACUUACCUAUUGUGAAAACAUCAAAUGCGAAUCUAACAACAGUGAAGCACAGAAAAAUCAGUACAUAUUGUCGUUUGGAGAGGACAUUGAAGGGGAGCUGUAUAUGUUGACGACUUCUGAUCUAUUUGGCCAUCAAAGUUCCGGACACGUCUACAGUAUUCGAAGCAGGAGCAGAGAUGGAAGUUCACACCAACGAACUAGUACCGUUUUUACAACAUUCGUGUUAUUUAUUACCUUGGUUAUCAAAGCACACUUGGUAUUUGGAUAAACAUGGUAUAUUGGUUAAAUUUUGUAUACAGAUAAACAUGUUAUUUUUAAUAAACACAGUUUAUUAGUAAAUAUGAUGUAUUGUUAGAAGGGAGGCAACAAUACAGCAGCUAUUUUGAACCGAUAAAGAGAGAAAAGAAACAUCGAAAACAAGAAAAACAUGCUUUAAGGCUUUCAGUAUUAUCACACUAUAUUUAUACAUUAUUGCUUUCAUAUAUCAACACAAAGUUCAAGUGUUAUUGGGAAUAUGAGAAUUGACUCUUGUUCUUUUUUCUGAAGAAGAGAACAUUACAACUAAUAAUUAUUUUUAUUUUGAGAAUAUAUCUGAGAGAGGGCACUUGCUUCAUCAUUAUAGAAUAUCUGUGAUCUGUGGGCUCCCUGUUUGAUACCAGGUGGAUAUCCUUUUAUUGGGAUGUUUCAUUUCUUCAUAUAGUCGUUCUCAUACUUGACUCUAUCUAAACCAUCACCGUUUUUUUUUUCUUUUGCAGUUCGUCCUUGUAAUGUUCUCCCCCACCUCAUCUUUCACCCCUGUGGCAAAUAAAAAAAAUUACUAUCGUUA